ACGCACGCACGGGUAAGGUAGCAAUAGACCGUGAGUUAGUCACUGCCUCACCCCACCCCAAUUUCACCAGAAGCCGCCUUCGACCUCCCCAGGCUCGUUAAGUUGUAAAUGUUUUAAUCAACAAUUCCAUAGAGUUUAAGUCUUAACUAGCUGCUACUAAGUGUGCAUUUACCGAGUGAAAACGCAAUGGAUAGCAAGGGAAGGCAUGUCAUUGUUUGCGACAACGGCACGGGGUUUGUGAAAUGCGGUUACGCCGGCAGCAACUUCCCGGCGCAUAUUUUUCCCUCCAUGGUUGGGCGGCCUAUCAUCCGAGCGGUCAACAAAAUAGGCGAAAUAGAAGUGAAGGAUUUACACGUUGAUGACCUGAUGGUGGGGGAUGAGGCGUCUCAGCUGCGGUCGCUGCUGGAAGUGUCCUACCCGAUGGAGAAUGGAGUGGUGCGCAACUGGGAGGACAUGUGCCACGUGUGGGACUACACGUUCGGCCCGAAGAAGAUGAACAUCGAGCCGACGAACACGAAGAUCCUGCUGACCGAGCCACCAAUGAAUCCGAUUAAAAACCGCGAAAAGAUGAUCGAGGUAAUGUUCGAGAAGUAUGGCUUCGACUCGGCGUAUAUCGCUAUCCAGGCGGUGCUGACACUGUAUGCCCAGGGGUUGAUCAGCGGCGUGGUCAUCGACUCCGGCGAUGGUGUCACCCAUAUCUGCCCGGUGUACGAGGAGUUCGCAUUACCGCACCUUACACGCCGGCUCGACAUUGCCGGGCGGGACAUUACGCGCUACCUGAUCAAGCUGUUGCUGCUACGUGGUUAUGCGUUUAACCAUUCCGCGGACUUUGAGACCGUGCGCAUGAUGAAGGAAAAGCUGUGCUACAUCGGCUACGAUAUCGAGAUGGAGCAACGGCUCGCCCUCGAAACCACUGUGUUGGUGGAGUCGUACACGUUGCCCGACGGCCGGAUGAUUAAGGUAGGCGGCGAACGCUUCGAGGCACCGGAAGCCUUGUUCCAGCCGCACCUGAUCAACGUGGAAGGCCAGGGUAUUGCCGAGCUCGUCUUUUCUACAAUCCAGGCGGCCGACAUCGAUAUGCGGUCCGAGCUGUACAAACAUAUCGUGCUGUCGGGUGGCUCAACUAUGUACCCUGGGUUGCCGAGCAGGCUAGAGCGCGAGAUCAAACAGCUGUACCUUGAGCGGGUGCUGAAGAACGAUAUCGACAAGCUGUCCAAGUUCAAGAUUCGCAUCGAGGAUCCGCCAAGGCGAAAAGAUAUGGUUUUCAUAGGUGGUGCAGUGCUCGCCGAGGUAACCAAGGAUCGGGAUGCAUUCUGGAUGUCCAAGGCCGAGUACCAGGAGCAGGGUCUGAAUGUGCUCAAAAAGCUGAGCGCCCGAACAAGCAACUAGAGUGGGUGGUAAAACGGCAUCAGCAAGCCAAGUAGGGCGUUGUGGCAUCGGCUGCACCGAUAAAGCAGGAGCAAACAGCUUUUGUAACAGUAUAGGUUAAUCAAGCAGAUCCAAACGGUUCCAUUAGAUUAAUACUAGAGAACUUUCACAUGGUACGCUACAUUAGCAUCGGCAGGUGACCGAUCCUAGUACCAUCAUUGAUAGCGCGGGGGGGGGGAGAAUAGUAGGGCCGCCGGUACGUUCCGUGUUAAGCCACGCGGAUGGGCAGCCUAGUAGCGCUGCUGCUUCGGGCUGCCCGUUAAAUUGUAUCUAAUAUGUUUCAAUCUUUGAUUUUACCCAUGUUUGCCUAUCCACAAACGAUGAUUAGUAUUAGUUCCGUGCGUCGUGCGGAUGGGGCGGCCGAUCCGUCGUUACGAAGCUGCUUAUUAAAUUGUAUCUAUAGUGUUUCAAAUUUUGGUUACUUUUCCCACGGCCGUCUAUUAAAAUGCAAAUGAUUAGUAUAUAAGCCCUUCUGCAAUAAUAAAGAAAAAAGCUCGUUGAAAGAUUCGUUCAAUUUAAAGCA